AGACAACCCGGCAGCGAGAGGAGGGGACGUACUCGGGCAUUCGGAGCGAGCACGUUACCAGCACGGCCAAAUUAAGCCAGAAUUUAGAAAAUAAUUAUUGGAAAAAUCUACAAGCAGAGGUAUUUAAAUAAACAGGAAGUUAAAAUUUCUAGAGAUUCAUUUGACCCCUCCCUCUCUUAGCACUAUAAGUUGUGUAACAUUUUUAUUGUAGCCUACUCUUUUCGCAUUGUUUACUGUCCAUAAAGAAAAUUUGAAAGAAAAAGAAAAAAAAAACUGCAUUUGCUACCUUACGUUUCCAACCUCUAUUUUCACACAAAUAAAUGGGUGAUUACGGGUUCGGUUUGUUACAGACAGCCAACAUUGACAGCAGCUCUACGGUCUUUGGCGGAGGAGCCUUCAGGUCCUACGCGUCUCCCUCCCUUGCUUCGAGUGCCCGAGUCUCCCCCGUUUCUCCCAGCGGCUUCACGGUCUCCGGCAGCAGCUGCGCCUUCGCCGCGUCCUCGCCGUUUCCGUUCGCUGCUGCGCAACAGCGAAACAUGCAGGAUGAGCUGCUCUUUGGUGUGACGAUCACGCAGCGGCAGCAGCAGCGGCACUCUCCGUCCACCGACGACGACGACAGCAGCAGCGACGGCACGACCCGUCACACCGGGGCGCAGCGAUCCGGCCACGGCAGCGGUGUUAACAACAAUCCCGAUUACGGCAAUCAGCUGGGUCAGCGGACGCGGACGGACUACGACCGGCUCAACCAGAACCAGCAACAGUUGCCCGAUUUUAAGAGCGUGAAUCCAGAGAAAUUCGGCCAGACGCAGCAGAUUUGUGACCUUCAUCAGCAGCGCAAGAAGCAUCAGCAAAUCAUUGGACAGCAGCCGCAGCAGGAGACGGAGUUCGGCACCGUGCAGCCGCCCCCACCCCAGGGAGAGGUCAGUGUCCCCGGACAGAAGCAGCAUUAUCCCGCUAUAACCCAGCACCACCGAGCGUCUCCCGAGUCGGAACACAGCUCGAACGGGAGCCCCGGUCGGGUCGCCCCCUUAUCAGCCGAGGACGUCGACGCCAAUGUGUUGACCGCUGCGUCACCGUCGCCCUCUUCCGCGAAUCCGAACAAGGUCAAGAUCCAAAUGGACUCCCCCACCGCCCACCUCAUUAACAACGGCAAUGGAAACGGCGCCGCUAGCAUGCUGGCCGGCGGUCUCGGAGCCGGCUUCCCCAGCCUCCCGAACGCAGAAAUGCAGAGUCCGCACCAGAAUGCGGGCGGCUCCACAUCCCCGACCUUACCCGGAUUCGGAACCCCGUGGUCGGUCCAGACCAGCUCCCCGCCGCCGCCUGUCACUAGCUCCACCAACCCGAAUCACGCAAACGCUAUGAACCAGGUCUCCGGCACCGAACCCGACAACAGUUUCUACCCCGGGCUCCCUUCCUCCAUCAACCCGGCGUUCUUCCAGAGUUUCUCGCCAGUUUCGCCUAAUCCCUGUGCGGGGAUUAACGUGCCGGGCUUCGGCAGCCCUUUCUCGCCCCAGAUCAACGUCCCGCAGCCGCAGCAGAGCCGGCGGUCCCCGGUCAGUCCGCAGAUGCACCAGCAACACCAGGGCGCCUAUCUCCAGCAUAGGAACAACUAUAACCAGCACCAGCCCAUGAUGAAGCAGUCUCCCUGGAGCAGCCACCAGGGCGGUGGCUGGAGCUCUGCUGGUGUGUCCUGGGGCGGGGUGCACGGCCGGGACCACCGGCGUGGUGGGGGCAUGGGGGUCCCCGGUACUGUAAGCCAGAUCUCACCGAUGAAGAAGCCCUUCUCCAGCAGCGUCAUUGCCCCGCCCAAGUUCCCGCGCUCCACUGCUGGCACGGCCGCCUCUCUUACACCCAAGUCCUGGAUGGAGGACAACGUGUUCCGCACUGACAGCAACAGCAACACACUUCUGCCCCUACAGGACCGUUCCAGAAUGUACGACAGCCUGAACAUGCACUCCCUGGAAAGUUCCCUGAUUGACAUUGUGAGAGCGGAGCAGGAUCCCAUGAAGGGCCGAGUCGGAUUCCCACACCAAGGGGCUGACAAUCUCCUCAUGCUCAAUGCAAGGAGUUAUGGGAGACGACGAGGCCGCUCCUCCCUCUUCCCCAUUGACGAUGGUCUCCUCGACGACGGCCACAGCAACCAGGGGGUUCCUGGCGUCCUCGGCUCGCCCAACUGCUACCCUCACCAGAACGGCGAGCGCAUCGAGCGUUUCUCCCGCAAAGUGUUCGUGGGGGGCCUGCCCCCAGACAUCGAUGAAGACGAGAUCACGACCAGCUUCCGUCGUUUUGGCCAUCUGGUGGUGGACUGGCCGCAUAAGGCGGAGAGCAAGUCCUACUUCCCCCCCAAAGGUUACGCCUUCCUGCUGUUCCAGGAGGAGAGCUCUGUACAGGCUCUCAUCGAGGCCUGUCUGGAGGAGGAUGGCAAGCUCUACCUGUGUGUGUCCAGCCCCACCAUCAAGGACAAGCCGGUCCAGAUCCGCCCCUGGAAUCUGAGUGACAGUGACUUCGUGAUGGACGGCUCGCAGCCCCUCGACCCCCGGAAGACCAUUUUUGUGGGCGGGGUACCACGCCCCCUUAGAGCAGUGGAGUUGGCCAUGAUCAUGGACAGGCUGUAUGGGGGGGUCUGCUAUGCGGGCAUCGACACCGACCCGGAGCUGAAGUACCCCAAGGGAGCGGGCCGUGUGGCUUUCUCCAAUCAGCAGAGCUACAUCGCAGCCAUCAGCGCCCGAUUCGUCCAGCUGCAGCACGGUGACAUUGAUAAGCGGGUGGAGGUGAAGCCGUACGUGCUCGAUGACCAGCUGUGUGACGAGUGCCAGGGCGCUCGCUGUGGCGGCAAGUUUGCGCCCUUCUUCUGCGCCAAUGUCACCUGCCUGCAGUACUACUGCGAGUUCUGCUGGGCCAACAUCCAUUCCCGUGCUGGGCGUGAGUUCCACAAGCCGCUGGUGAAGGAGGGUGCCGACCGGCCCCGACAGAUCCACUUCCGCUGGAACUGAGGUCUCGCCCGCUUCCCACGUCUGUCCCAACCUUUCCUGCUCUUAAGCCCUCCCCUGCCUGCUCUUAUCCUGCCCCCUGGCCCCACCCACAAAAGUAAACACAGGCAGGCAGAAAUAAGUGCAUUCUUCUGCACCCACACCCAAAAAAUGCGCCACCCACCCUCUGAGACCCCCCGGGCACACACUACACACACUGUCUGUCCUUUGUAGCAGCCAAAACUCUACACUUCUUGCCCUCCCCCAUCCCCCAACCAAAUCCUCACACAUCUGAUUCCUGACUUCUUCAGUGGUACUUUCAUGUGUUUUUUUUUUGUUUUUGUUUUUUUUAGGUAACACGGCAGAAAAAAGACAUGAAUCAAAUCACUUCCUAUUUUUUCCCCAGAUUAUUUUUCUACGUAUGGUUUAAAGUAGGUAUGAGGAAUUUUUUUGACAUGUGGGCAGUUAGCCCCACCCACCUGUCAGUACACCCCGAUUGCUGCUAGCCCCCUGGUGGAUGAAGUGUGCACUUAUUUCUGAGAAAAAAAACCUCGGUUCAUAUCUAUCCCAAGUCACGUACCAAAGGUAGCGGAGUGAUAGGAGGUACGCGAAAGAUGCUUUUCUGCCGUGAGCCAACCAAGUGUGAUUUUUGUACCGUCUCUCUUUGCUGUGUAUUCUUAUUGGGGAAGAAGAAAAAACACACACAUAAACACAGAAAAGGUUACUCUUUUUCUCUCCAUUUUGACUUGCGGAAAAAUAAUACCUCAUUACACUGAUCUGGUUUGUUAUCGGAACAUUUUUAAUCACAAGCUAUAUUAGAAGCUUUUGCUGCUAUAUAUGAUAAAUAAGUAUAUUUAUAGGUGUUAUAAUCAAUGCCAUGUAUUAACACGACAGCAAGUGAGAACAUGCAUAGCACCCAGAAAAAAAACAGCUAGGGGGGCACAAACUGCCAUCAAAGAUUUAGAAUGUGAAAACACAGCUGCAUGUUUGUUUACAUCUACAGCCAUAUGCAUGCGACAAGAUUAUAGAUUCACAUGAGAAAACUCAGUUAUACAAGUCAUAUUAGGAAAAAAAAACAUUAUGUAGCAUGAACAAAAAUAACAUGAAACCAGUAAUAAGAAAAUAAUUACUGAAAAAAGUAUUUAAAAAAAAAUCUUUGCAUGCAUUGUUGUUGUGUAUGUUUUGGGAGUGUCUUGCGUGUAUUUUAUACACACGUGCAAAAAUUAGUCUUAGAUUAGCGUGUCCCGGUAUGGGAGGAUCUGUUGGUUAGUGGACAGCGGCAAACCAGAGCAGAAUGGAUGUAGACAUUAGUCUUUGUGUGGUCUUUGUGGUUUGUGGUUCUCUUUAGUGUGGACUGAGUAUGGUUACAUUUUAGACUGAGAGUUACAGAAAUUACCACCCACCACCCUGUUACCUAGGUUACUGUGUCCUAGCCUAAGUCCUCAGAAGGCUGCUGGGCACUUCGAGUCCACUGUCACAUUAGACUCUCCGUCCGUAACAUAGGAGAUGGAGAGAAAAGAUUUUUUUAUAGCAAUGAAGCAAUCUGGAGAAGUUGAAAUGGAGACAGAAUAAUUGUGAAGAUGGUUAUUCGUCUCUGGCUAAAACGGUACUUUUAGAUUAGAGGACCACAGGGUGAAGCAUUCUUAUAGAGUCUGGAAAUUACGGACAUCUCCCUUAGGAAGUGCUUUCGACCGAAGCUGCUCUUUCCCUGAACAGAUGUCUGUGUGAAUGUAAAUGUGGAAAAGCUCAGCCUCUUGCUCCCCCUGGUGACCCAGGCGAGGCCCCCUCCUUCCUCCAUCCCUCCCCCAGAAAACGACAAAAAUGUGCAGUUUGUACGAUUCAGGCUGAAAGAGCAGGAGAGAUGCUCGCUAGCUGUAGGUGUUGGCAUGAGGAUGGGGAGCAGUCCUCACAUAUAUUAAAAAAAACCAGUCCUCAGACUUGAUUUUAAGUGGUGAUUUAUGCUUUUACCUGUAGACUGACAGUAAUGGUGACCUGUCUUCUUACUGUGCUUAUGAGGAUGUUACAUUACUUUAGUAACAGUCGUCGUGUGAGCAGUAUUGACUUCGGAACACAUGCAGCCGACCUGCUACAUUUCUGUGUCCCAGUUCGUUUGUUGUGACUUUGCCCCUUUUUCUAACAUGCAUCAAUCACAUCUGGGUUAAGCAGAUAACGUUUCGCCUGUUUAUACCGAAUUAUUUAUUUCAUGUUUCUUAGCUGUCUGUUGUCCCAGUUCUACACUUUUUGUCCCCGAUUUAAAAAUCAGUUUCUAGAAUAUUAUGCACUAAUUUCUAAUAUAUUUAUUUGUAGCUGUCUAUUUUCCUUGCAUAUUUAUUCCUUUUGAUAAGAAAAAAGUUAGCUGGUUUUAAAAGUUCUACUUAUAAUGAAUAGCUUUUUCCUAUACCUCAAUUUCCUGAAAAGUUUCUCUCCGAAAAAGCCCCCCCACUUUUAAUUCUGUGAAAUUACUUGAUAAGCUUUAUGUUAAAAAUAAUAACUUAUGAUUUUUAAAAUUAUUAUUAUUGCAAUGUUUGAGGGCCCCAGGGCUGUUUUCUAUGUGAAUGGCAUAGAAAUUUGACAUAUUAAAAUGUCAGGAGUGCUGUCAUUGAACGUGCAAACGACCAAGGGCUCUGCUGAGAGGAACGGGAUGGUCCCCUUCGGCCGUCCGAAUAAAAAUUGCCGACGGCUUAUGGAUUCCUAGAAUCUGUGGGUGAUGGCCCAAGGCAAAGUAACAGUGGAGAAACCCCAUCGCCACCCCCAGUUAAGUGUUGAUUUCUCCUGCCAUGCUGGAUUUGGGAUUUUCAGUAGCUGCUGUUUGCUGGGGGGAUAAAUAUUUUUUAAAAACACUCAAAGGAAUGAAAUUUUUGAGGAUAAUGACAUUCUCCCAACUCUACCCUGUGACCGUAACACUCGUCUGCGUGCGUGUUUGUCUUUUUUAUAUGUUGAACACUGUUGUUUUUUGUGCAUUUUUUCCUGUAAAAUCAUAUUUAUUUCACUAUUUUUGUAGACAAAAAAAAAUUGAUUUUCGAUUGUAUUUUUCCUAUUUAAUGCAAAUACACAAUUUUAUUUCCCCUAUAUUUGUAAUUCUGAUCACAAGGACGGUUCUGUUGAGAGGACAACAUGAAAACAUUUCAAAAUGCAUGCAAUUAUGCACAUAUUGAUAUAUAGACUGAUUCCUGUAUUAAUGAUAUUGGUAUAUAUGUGACUAUAUGCAUAUUUUAUUUGAAAGGAAAGAAACGAAGGCUUGUAUUAUGUUCAUGGAUGACACUUGAGAUCUACGUCCUCAUGCAUCUGGGCACUGAGGACCCUUCUCCUCAAAGACGCUUCGAAACUUGAAUAUAUAACACAUUUUGAAAGGCUGAUUAACCUCCAUUCUGUGUUGUGACGUGCAAUACUGUUUCUAAUGUUUGUAUAAAGUAAGAACAACGGUGUAAACCUUUUUAAAAGCAGAUUUAUUUUUUUCAUUGCAUACUUUGCAGAUUUAUGAUCCGCGGUGUCAUUUUUUUACUGUCAGAAAAGAAUCCCGUUUUUGUCAUUGCAACUAUUUUUAAAUCCAGAUAUCUUUGUACUGAUGUAAAUGAUUGUAGUUAUUUAGUGUUUUGCUAACAAAAGGAGAGACUUUUUCAUGCAUAAUUCUAUUUUGUUUGUUUUUUUUUUAUUUUGCUUUAUUCUGUUUUUUUAUUUUAUUUUAAUAGUAGCAAAAUACUUGGAAUAAUUUUUCAUAUUCUAUGUCAUUAAUAUUAUUUUGUAUUUUUAUGUGGGGAAAAAAUAAAUAUAUAUAUAUAUAAUUUUAUGAAGCUAAUUGCUAAAAUUUUAUUUUAUGUUGAAUUAUUUUUGGAGCUAAAAUCUUUGUAAUAUUGUUAAAGUAACUAGUUUCUAAAUCAGAAUUUGUGUAUAGAUUCACAGAAGUGGUUUAUGAAGUGUUUGGAUUGUAAUUAUUACCGAAUGGGUAUUUGAUAUGCAAAAUUAGUAUCAUGUUGAUUUUUAUUUUGUUUGUUUUGUAUUUAAAUGGAGUGUUAAUUACCAUAUUUUUCUUUCAUUUCCUAAAUAAAGACCCAUUCUGUUUGGACACAAAAGAUCA